UUCUAAUAGAAUAUUUAUAAUGGCUCAUUUCCCUUCUGUUCACCGUCAGUGGGCCAAAUUUGGCCGUUUUGUACCGGUUUAAAUCGAAUUUCCUCCCGAUCCUUCAAGCCGCCAUGGACUGUUUCGUGACUACUUUCGACUCGAAAAAACUGUCGGAAAUGGUCGCCGGGCUUCAGGCCCUCUCGAGGCGAGAGACCAAAAAAGGCAAAUAUUUGAAAAGGGUUUGCGACAUGCAGAGGCGUAUCAACUUGCUAAAAGCCAGGCCACUGGUGCCCGAGGAGUUAAUCAUCGACUGCCUUGCAGACAUCAUCCAAAAGGACCUGGAGAAAUCCAGUGUACAGUUGAAAACGGAGAAGUUCCAUUUUUCAUUCAACCCUCCCUCACUUUCCCCUGUCACUGACAAUUCCAAUACACCAAAAAUCACACAAAGGAGCCGACUGUUCUACCACAGCCAAGUUUUAAGGCUAGAAGAAUCCUUAAAGAAAUUUAUUAAAAAAAUCGACGGGAACCCCGAAGAGUUCGGAAGCUGCAUCUUUGGCGCGUUCGUCGCCGUUUUCGAACGCCAAUCCCAGUGCCGGUCGGAAAUUCAGGAGGCACUACGUAACAAAAAGGUAGUCGUCGAAUAUAUCGGUAGCCCCUCCCCCGUGCAGAUCAACCCCAGGAGUGUUCUCAAAACGAACCAAUCGGGAAUGUCGUCGAAUACCUGGAGGAUGGACCACAAUUACGGAAAAUCGCCAGUGAGGGAUCAACAACACUAAAAACCAAACAAUCUUAACCAUCUAGUCAUUUUUUCUGUUAAGUUUAUAAUAUUUUUUCUUUUAAUUUUUCAUUGAGUAUAAUAA